UGAGCGUUUUAUCAAGCAUUGACACGAUACCUUAUGUCAUCAAAUCAAAUGCUGUUACGGUGAGAAUCGAUGGGACCCACUCUCAGCUUAUGGCGGUUUAGCUGUUGAUUCCCUGGACCGAUUCCAAUCCCUAUGAGCGUUUUAUCAAGGAUUGACACGAUACCUUAUGUCAUCAAAUCAAAUGUUGUUACGGUGAGAAUCGAUGGGACCCACUCUCAGCUUCUGGCGGUUUAGCUGUUGAUUCCCUGGACCGAUUCCAAUCCCUAUGAGCGUUUUAUCAAGCAUUGACACGAUACCUUAUGUCAUCAAAUCAAAUGUUGUUACGGUGAGAAUCGAUGGGACCCACUCUCAGCUUCUGGCGGUUUAGCUGUUGAUUCCCUGGUAUGGACGUCUUAGCUUUGAUUCCGUGCAUAUGGACGGCUCUGAUCCCACCAUUCCAAGCCUCCGAAUAUUCCCAGGGGAAUUGUCCCGCACCGAGAAGACAAAACAUGCCUCUCGACUUAAUCUAUCCAACUCCACAUACAAAACACAAGGCCUAAGUAAUAUAAACUAGAAAGCACAUUACUGGACGGACCCGAUCUCCCCAUUGCUCGCACGUAUCUGUAAUCCUGUCCGUCCAUGAUUUCUCUGUCGCAAAUAUGGGCCCCCAUUUGGAACUUAGAAGCAGUCGCUCCCUCGAAACCAUCUUAGCUGGGCAACGGUGUUUCCUAUGAUUAUAAUGGACCAAAAAGCCCUUCAACAAUUUCACUCAUUCCCAAGGGAGAUUAAAGAGAUGGUGACGAUUAAUUCAGGGACAUUAUAGUCAUUUCUCCCCAUUUCACAGUCUCCAUAUACAGAGCGAGGAGGCGGAGGAGGAGGCGAGAGUGUUUUUGAGGGUGGGUUGGUCGUCAUGGAUAGGCAGACCAGGUCAUCCUCCUCUAUCAAGCAAAGGUACAGGCGAACCAGCGGAUACGAGCCGUCCGAUACAGAAUCCGAGUGGCAAGAUGGCCCUUGGAUCCAUCCCAAGAGAAAAGACCCCAUCCGCAAAUCCACGGCCGGAGAUCCACCCAGAUCAACGGCCAGAAAUACCAGCCCAUACGGCCGAAUUCAGAAACACUCCUCCCCUGAUAAAACACGCAAAGACGACGACACGGAAGUGUAUAAACCUCGUAGAGAUGAUCGUGCCGCCAAAAGCAAGUCACCAUAUAAAACACGUAUGGACGACGCCGCAGAAAAGAAUGGCGCCGGUGUAAAGUCACCGUAUAAGAAACGAGGUGAUAAAAAAAAUGGAGAAAAGACGUAUAAAAUACGUAGAGAGAAGUCCCCGUAUAAAAUACACAAAGAAGAAAGCUUAGUGGAAGAAAACAAUCACAAGGCUUCAAUGAGUCGUACAUCUCCCUAUAAAAUACGUAUAGAAGAAAAGGAAGUAGAGUUCAAAGCAACAAGGCGCAGUAAAUCACCGUAUCCGCGAAUGGAUACGAGCCCUUCCAGGGUUUCGGGAUCUAAUCCGGACCGUCGAUCUGUUUCGGUCCAGAAACAUGGUUCGGCUCGGCAGAAGGUACCGACGGCCGGGAGUGAUGGGAACGCUAAGAUGGAGAAAUCCAAGCCGUUGGUUGUUGCCAUGGUGGAGAAUAAUAGCAAUGACUCGAUCGUGCCUGGGGACCUCUUCUUCUCACACGUGGCCAAACCUGCGGCUGCGAAGAAAAGCGCCUUUCCUGCCAAGAAAAAGACUGAAGCUCUCAAAGACAUAUUUUCCCCAUCACAGGAAAAGAUUGAAGCUCCCAAAGCUAUAGUUGCACUGAAGAAUUUACGAUCAGAAAGUAGUGGGAUAUUAUCAAGAACAAACUCAACAGCUUCAGCCUCUGCUAUGAGCAAAAGCAGCCAUCUUGGAAGCAGCAGGAGUUUUGGCAACAUGUUUGUUGCAGAGAGACUGAAAGACACGACAUGGUUUUCGUGUGUGAAGAGAGGAGGGGUUUGUAGGACUGGUUCGAAGAAGUCCCCUGAUAAGAGAGACCUUGAUGAGGCUUCUUUCAUUGAGAAGGCUUUUGUGGUUGAGAGAUUAAGGGAGUUUUGGGCAGAUAAGCAUAGCCCACCUACACUUGCUGAGUUCACUUGCCAAAAAGAACAAGCCCAACGUCUCAAACAGCUAAUUUCCCAAAAUAAUUGUCCCAAUGUUAUGUUCAAGGGACCUUCUGGUUCAGGGAAGAAAGCACUAACCAAAGCCUUUUUACGUGAAAUCUUUGGAGAUUCAGCUGCAAAUGUUUCUUCUGCUUUAAGGACCUUCUAUUUCGAGGAACUAAAAUCAGGCCACGUGAUUCAUGCUGUGACUUCUAGCCUUCAUCAUUUGGAGCUCAAUUUAAACAAGGAGCCAAAGAAUGGUAGAUAUAUUCUUAUGUCUCUAAUCAAAGAGUUGAUCAACACUGAUGCACCUCCCCCUGAAGACAGUGAUAUAAGCUUGAGACCAGAUUUUAAAGUGAUUGUCUUGUAUGAGGUUGAGAAGCUAGGAGAAGAAGUUCAACAUUUGAUAAAGUGGGUCAUGGAUUGCUAUACUGAUACAUGCAAAAUCGUACUCUCAUGUGAAGAUGACACCCAAAUUCUAGAAUCUGUCAAGAGCCGCUGCCAAGUGAUUAAGUUGGAUGCCCCUGUUACCCAUGAAAUAAUGGAGGUGCUCCUUCAGAUCGCGCGGAAGGAGAAUAUCGAUCUUCCCAUGAGUUUAGCGGCUAAAAUCGCUACAAAAUCCAAGCAGAAUUUGAGAAGAGCGGUAAUGGCUCUUGAAGCAUGCAGAGCACACAACUAUCCCUUCAUUGAUGAGCAGCCAAUUCCACUUGGGUGGGAGGACCUUGUAGUUGAAAUUUCCACAGAACUUCUAGCCGACCCCUCUCCCAAAAGACAUUUUUACACACGUGUGAAGAUUCAGAAACUCCUUGUGGAUUUUGUCCAUCCGAAGCUCAUACUUCUGAAACUUGUGGAGCAGUUUCUUAGGGGAGUUGACAGUGGGAUAAAGAGAGAGCUCUACUAUUGGCAUGCCUACUAUGACAAGAGGAUGCCUGAGGGCACCAGUGCACUCCUUAAACUUGAAGAAUUUGUGGCGAAGUUCAUGAGCAUUUACAGGAGGAGCUUCCGACCCCGUCCACUCCCAUAGAAUCUUAUAUGAAGCCCAUCACAUAUACCCUAGAUGUUGAUCAAUUAGGUGGAAGCCAAACUUUGUAUCUAAAGAGAAAAGAAUAAGGAGAAGUGUAAAUAAAUAAAUACAUGCGUUGCAAUCAGUGUUUGCAAUUUUGGAAAACGAAAUAAGGUUCGUCUUUCAAUGUUAUAAUGUAUGAGCAAAAAUAUUGAAUCUUCUUUGGGCAUGUAACUACUCUUUCAGCAGAGGGUGGUAGUAUUUAUCCUCAA